AUGGCCGCCCCUAUAGCACCCUCAAAGCUUCAAGCCCUCCAGGAAACAAUCACCACCUUCCUCCUCGACCCCCGCAACCACGACCUCCUCACAAUCCUCAAAGGCCUCCGCAACGGCCUCGUCUACGGCACCAAAGUCCGCUUCCCCCACGCCCUCGUCAUGGUCCUCCUCUUCCGCACCGGCACCCUCCGCUCCAAAGCCACCCAGAUCCUCACCGCCACGCGCACCCACGCCACGAACCUCGGCCUCUUCGUCACGCUCUACAAGACCACCAUGCUGGCACUGCGGCACCUCAGCCCCACGGGCAAGGAGCGCAGCGCAGACAGCUUCGUCGCCGGCGCGCUCGGCGGGUACGUCGUGUUUGGCCGCGGCGGCAGCGGCAACAGCGUCAAUAUGCAGAUUGUGGUGUAUGUGUUUGCGCGGGUGGUGCUGGCGCUGGCGAAGCUGGCGGUGAGCGAUGGUCCGCUGUGGUAUCCUGAGGCGGUGCAGGCGAGUAUGAGGAGUAGUAUGGUGUAUUUGUAUGAUAAUGCGGAGACGUGGACGGGGAUUAGGGACUUUUUGAUACAUAAUAAAUAG